CAGUGAGAAAUUAUCGUGUUUUCAGGCUCAGGUCUCGAACGAACUACACUCGGUUCGUACUUGCUUUGAUCCGAUCUGCUUUCUCACGCCUCCACCUCUCCUCACUGUAGAGAGAGAAAGAGAGAGUAACAACCAAAUCGCCUCAGCCAUGGCGGCUAGAGCCUUUCUUCUCCUUUUUCUGGUUUUCUUCUCCUCUGCCUAUACUUCAUUCUCUCUCUACGAAGACCAAGUCGGCCUCAUGGACUGGCAUCAACGGUACAUAGGAAAAGUGAAGCACGCUGUGUUCCAUACGCAGAAGGCGGGGAGGAAGCGCGUGGUUGUCUCCACUGAGGAGAAUGUCAUUGCCUCCCUCGAUCUUCGCCAUGGAGAUAUUUUUUGGAGGCAUGUAUUUGGGCGCAACGAUGUGAUUGAUGGAAUUGACAUCACCAUUGGGAAAUAUGUUAUUACUCUGUCAUCUGGAAGUACUGUGAGAGCAUGGAACCUUCCUGAUGGCCAGAUGGUGUGGGAAUCAUUCCUUACUGGCUCAAAUGCUUCGAGAUCAUUUUUAGUUGUUCCAUCAUUUUUGAAAGUCAACAAGAAUAUUUUGAUUCUUAUUUAUAGUAAUGGAUAUCUGCAUGCUGUUUCAAGCACGGAUGGGGAAGUUAUCUGGAAGACGGAGCUAGGGAAGGAGGGUAUUGAUAUUCAGCACAUAGUUCAUCAUGAAGGCACUGAUGAUAUAUACGCAGUAGGACUUAGUGGUUCAUCUCUAUUUGAAGCAUAUAAAAUAAAUGCCAUGAAUGGUGAACUGUUGAAGCAUGAGAGCAUGGUAUUUCAUGGCGGAUUUUCUGGUGAUAUUGCACUGCUCACAAGUGACAUUGUGGUGGCACUUGAUUCCACUGGGUCAAUCCUACUCUCUAUAGCUUUCAAGGAUGGACUUAUUAGCUCCCAACAGUUGCAUUUAGCAGACCUUGUUCAGGAUUUUACAGGAGCAGCAGUGCUCUUACCUGCUAAGAUUAUAGGGAUGGUUGCUGUUCACAUAAAAGAAUCCGUGUUGUUCCUUAGAGUUACACAUGAAGGUAAACUGGAGCUAGUUGGCAAAGUUGCGUAUGGUGCUGCUAUAAGUGAUUCUGUAUCUGUUUCAGAAGGUCACCAAGCUUUUGGACUUGUCCAGCAUGAUGCUGGUAAGAUUAAUCUCUCUGUAAAAACAAUCAGUGACUGGGAUAUGAAUUUACUCAAGGAAAGCUCAAGGUUGGACAGUCAAAAGGGGCUAGUUCAUAAGGUUUUCGUCAACAAUUACAUCAGGACAGACAGAUCUUAUGGAUUUAGGGCCCUGGUUGUCUUAGAGGAUCAUUCUUUAUUGUUACUCCAACAAGGUGAGGUUGUCUGGAGCAGAGAAGACGGGCUUGCUUCCAUUGUAGAUGUAACAACUUCAGAAUUACCUCUAGAAAAGGAUGGGGUAUCUGUUUCCAAAGUGGAGCAGAACCUUUUCGAAUGGAUUAAGGGACAUAUCCUGAAGCUUAAAGGAACUAUGAUGCUUGCUACUCUUGAUGAUAUGGCAGCUAUACAACAGAUGAGGUUACAAAGCUCUGAGAAAAGCAAGAUGACUCGAGACCAUAAUGGAUUCAGGAAACUACUGAUAGUACUUAGUAAAGCUGGGAAGCUUUAUGCACUACACACUGGAGAUGGACGAAUUGUUUGGUCUUUCCUUGUAGAUGCUCUCAGACAAUCAAAAUCUUGUGAACACCCGAAUGGCUUCAAGAUAUAUCAGUGGCAGGUCCCACAUCAUCAUGCCAUGGAUGAGAACCCAUCUGUACUUGUAGUUGGCAAAUGUGGUUUAAAUUCAGAUGCUUCUAGUGUUCUGUCAUUUGUUGAUGCAUACACUGGGAAGGAACUCAAUAAUUUGAGACCGGGUCAUUCCAUUGCACGGGUUAUUCUUCUCCCGUAUACUGAUUCCACUGAACAACGACUUCAUCUGCUGAUAGACACUGAUGGUCAUGGACACUUAUAUCCUAGAACUCCUGAGGCUCUUGGCAUAUUGAAACGUGAACUGGGAAACAUAUAUUGGUAUUCACUGGAAACUAAUAACAUCUUAAGGGGACAUGCAGUGGUGGAGAAUUACUUUCAAGGAUUGGGCGACGAUUACCAUUUUGCAACUAGGGAUGUAUGGUCAAUUGUGUUUCCUUCAGAAUCAGAACAGAUUAUUGCUACUGCUUCAAGGAAAUCGAAUGAGGUAGUUCAUACACAAGCAAAGGUAACUGCAGAUCAGGAUGUGAUGUAUAAAUACGUAUCUAAGAAUAUGAUUUAUGUAGCUACUGUUACACCUAAAGCAGCUGGUGAUAUUGGAUCAGCCAUCCCUGAUGAGUCGUGUCUGGUUGUAUAUCUUAUUGAUACUGUUAAUGGCCGUAUACUUCACCGCAUGGUUCAUCAAGGCUCACAGGGACCUGUCAAUGCUGUACUCAGUGAGAAUUGGGUUGUCUACCACUACUUCAAUCUAAGGGCACAUAGAUAUGAAAUGUCUGUGAUUGAGAUCUAUGAUCAAUCUCGAGCGGAUAACAAGGAUCUGUUGAAACUUGUUCUUGGGAAGCAUAAUCUUACUAAACCGGUUUCAUCAUUUUCACAUCCUGAAGUUUCUACUAAGUCACAGUCUUACUUUUUUACGCAUUCUGUGAAAACAAUAGCAGUAACUUCGACAACCAAAGGUAUAACAUCCAAGCAGCUUCUUAUUGGCACAGUUGGUGACCAGGUAUUGGCAUUGGACAAGCGCUUUUUAGAUCCCCGGAGAACAGUGAAUCCUACACAGGCUGAGAAAGAGGAAGGAAUAAUACCUCUUACUGACUCCCUACCUAUAAUCCCCCAGUCUUAUGUGACUCAUGCUGUGAAAGUGGAAGGCCUUGGAGGAAUAGUAACCAUUCCGGCAAAACUGGAGUCAACCACCCUUGUCUUUGCAUAUGGAGUUGAUCUCUUUUUCACACGCUUGGCUCCUUCAAAGACCUAUGAUUCUCUAACCGAGGACUUCAGUUAUGCCUUGCUUCUUCUUACCAUUGUUGCACUUGUAGUGGCCAUUUUCGUAACAUGGAUCUGGUCAGAGAGGAAGGAGUUGCAGGAGAAGUGGAGAUGAAUGGACUCAGGUGAUCAACCGCAUAGAUUUUUUCCUCUCUUUUAAUGUCAUAUUCGAGUAUUUUAACUAUUCCUUUCGAUCUCUUCCACACAAACUGCUUUCCCGGGGAGCAAUUAGGUGGGCUAUAGUUUCAUUUAUUUAAUGUUGUCAUUUUAGAAAGUUGCAGCUUCUACUUGGAAGGGCAAGAAACACAAAAUUUGUAACAAGUAGCAAAUAUUUUGGAGAUUGUGCUGACAUGUAAAGUCAUUUGAGUCAUGACACGUCACAACCUGAAGGACCUGAUAAAAACGUGCUGUGUGUUUUGAUGCUGUGUUACCAAAAAAUAGGUCAUACUUGCUCAACUAGGGUUGGACCCAGUCCAUUUCUGAACCGACUGAUAUGGGUUAUGGAGAGGUCGGAGCCGGAAUCAAGUAUAUGAGUAUAUCUGGUUCCAAGUUGGUUUUGAUCUGAUUUCUGUGUCGAUAUUGGACCAGUUUUUUACUUUUUUAGGCUAUUUAAGAAAUGGUAACAGAAUUGCUCUAGUUCUAUUUUGGAGGAACUGGAUCUGAUUUUGAUCAAUUAUUGGGUACCAGUAAGAAACCACUUUUUACUUCAGUCUACAGUCAAGUUUCAUGUCGAUUCCAGCCGGAUUUAGAACUGAGAUUGGGUAGAUCCUACCCCUACUCUUAACUUGUCUUUAGCUGGAGUGUACUCCUAGUCUGAACUUGGCUUUGACCCGAGUCUACCUUUAUCUCAACUUUCCCUUGCUUUUAAAAUGUUGAUGGAUAAGUUAAAUCAUGAGAUCAUAUGAAUGCAAUUACA